AAACGUCAUUGUCAUCAUCGUAACCUGGUUAGAAUCGGCCGUCGUCUCACCUAACCUAAAAAUUACAAAUUAAAAAUUAGAUUUUCAAGACAUUUCGUAAUAACAAAGGCAAAUUUUGAGUGAAAAAGCAUAAUACUCACAUAGGGCGACAUAAUGAACAGUAUUGGCGCUGAUUGCACGGAAUUAAAGAAGCAGUAUGAUGCUUGUUUCAAUACAUGGUUCUCUGAACACUUUCUCAAAGGCUCCACAGAUGAUAAAAUGUGUGCACCAUUGCUGAAAGUCUACCAGGAGUGUGUACAAAGAGCAAUGAAAACCCACAACAUUGACCUCAAAGAAGUGGAAAAAGAUCUCCUUGGCACAGAACAAGAAAGGAAACCACCCAACAAGAAUCACUCCUAGUCAACACAACCAGUCAACCUGAUAAAACGGUACAAAUCGCUGCCUCUCAAUCACCAAAGUUAUUCCACACGCCGCAUUUACAAUUUUAUUAUCAUGGAAAUGAAUUAUAAAAGGAAUAACGAUCGUGAGUAGUCUGUAGUGAAAACUUGUUGCAUGUGUCGCUGGCCUAAAUGGAAAACAGCAGGCAGCUGAUACAACUUAAACAAUACUUAACAAUUACCAUCCUAGAUGUGUUAAAGCUAUUAUUAAAUAAACUAUUUUCCCGA